GUGAUCGGACGCACAAAUCCGAGCUCCGGCCCUUUCAAAUCAUUUCGCUCGCAAUAGUGUAGUGGAUGAACCAGAGGAAAUAGUGCAUAUAAGACGUGUGUAUAUUUCGAAAAUUACAAAUUGAUUGUGUGUAAAAACGAAUAUUGUUCCGCAUCAAUUAUUGAUUAAAUAAAACACCAAAGAAAUCUAUUUUUGAAGAAAAAAGAACUAAUAAGCAAAAUGGAUAGCAAUGAAUUUCGUGUUCGUGGAUCUGAGAUGGUUGAAUACAUUUGCAAGUAUAUGGAAACAUUGGAUCAGCGACGGGUUACACCAAGCGUUGAACCAGGCUAUUUACGACAUUUACUACCUGGUGAAGCACCACAAAAUCCAGAAAAUUGGGACGACAUUAUGAGCGAUGUCGAAACGAAAAUUAUGCCCGGUGUAACGCAUUGGCAACAUCCGCGAUUCCAUGCCUAUUUUCCAGCUGGCAAUUCAUAUCCAUCCAUUCUUGGUGAUAUGCUUAGCGAUGGAAUCGGAUGUAUCGGAUUUUCUUGGGCUGCGAGUCCAGCAUGUACAGAACUUGAGACUAUAGUACUAGAUUGGCUAGGUAAAGCUAUUGGAUUGCCGGAUGAUUUUCUUGCAUUGAAAGAAGGUAGUAAGGGUGGAGGUGUCAUUCAGACAUCCGCUUCUGAAUGUAUUUUGGUGACAAUGUUGGCGGCUCGUGCGCAAGCAAUAAAACAUUUAAAGCAACAGCAUCCCUUUGUUGAAGAAGGUCACCUUCUGUCAAAGCUUAUGGCUUAUUGUUCCAAAGAAGCGCAUAGUUGCGUGGAAAAAGCAGCCAUGAUUUGUUUUGUAAAAUUACGAAUUUUGGAACCAGAUGAAAAAUGUAGUCUACGUGGUGAUACACUAACCAAAGCAAUGGAAGAAGAUGAAUUGCAAGGACUAGUCCCAUUUUUUGUGUCGACAACAUUGGGAACAACGGGUUCAUGUUCAUUCGAUGCGCUCGAAGAAAUUGGUAUGGCGUUGCAACGAUUUCCGGGUGUUUGGCUUCAUGUUGAUGCCGCUUAUGCUGGGAAUGCAUUCAUUUGUCCCGAACUAAAGGCAUUACUCAAGGGCAUUGAGUAUGCAGAUUCAUUCAAUACUAAUUCGAAUAAAUGGCUUUUGGUGAACUUUGACUGUUCAUUGUUAUGGGUACGAGAUCGAAUUCGUUUAACAUCGGCAUUAGUUGUCGAUCCGUUGUAUUUAAAACACGGUUAUUCAGAUGCUGCCAUUGAUUAUCGACACUGGGGUGUACCACUCAGUCGUAGAUUUCGUUCGCUCAAACUUUGGUUUGUGUUGCGUAAUUACGGAAUAUCUGGCCUUCAAAAUUACAUUCGAAGUCACAUUGAGCUUGCCAAACGCUUCGAACGUCUUGUACUUAAAGAUCGACGAUUUGAAAUUUGCAAUGAGGUCAAACUUGGUUUAGUAUGCUUUCGGUUAGUGGGCUCUGACAAAUUGAACGAAAAACUUUUGAGCAUUAUUAAUGAAUCGGGCAAAUUGCACAUGGUGCCAGCUUCAGUAAAUGAAAAAUAUGUCAUUCGAUUCUGUGCUGUUGCUCAAAGUGCCACUGAGGAUGAUAUUGAUAUUGCAUGGGAAAUAAUUACGGAUUUUGCAACGGAAUUAUUGGAAAAGGAACAAGCCGACGAAUUCGAAAUUUUGGAUCGUAAACGAAAGCAAACUUUGGCCCAAAAGCGUUCGUUCUUCGUGCGUAUGGUCAGUGAUCCGAAAAUUUAUAAUCCGGCCAUCAAUAAAGCUGGAACACCACGAAUGUCGUCUGAAAUCUAUUCACCGAUUACCGAAGGAGCGCCUGCCAUUCAAACACCAACAUCAAGUUGCGCUCCGGGUUCAGCAUCUUGGAUUAGUUGGCCACUUGCAUUUUUGUUUGCCAGCUCAGACGAUGGACCAAAGAGCAAUGUUCCGAUUCGAUUCCGUCAUUUGGAUGCAACAAUGCGUUUGACGCCAUCACGACGUAAUUCAGCGACUGGCACUGGUUCGUCACCAUCACCGGAAAAUGAAAAUUGUAGUUCAAUUACGAUUAGUCGCUCUCCGAAUCGUUCGCCAGUGUUACAACGCAAACGAGGUACAUCCCCGAAUCCAAACGGAAAUUUAAACAAAUAAAAUGAUUGAACACCGAUAAUAAAAAAAAACACACACAUAACAUUUUACCAAUAUUACCAAAUAUUUUGUUUCGGAAAUGGAAGACAUACCGAAGAUUCAUAACAAUCUUAAUGAAACUAUUAUAAAAGUAGUCUUUAAUAAAAUUCACAACAGAAAUUCCGUCUACUCACUUGAAGACAAAACCUAUUAAAUUAAAACCAUAAACUCAAUUUCUUAUCUUGACUAUGCGACGUUUUUCAAAUGAAAUUUUGAAGCUUGAUAUUUUGAUUGAGUUUAUUUAACUGAUAAAUGAUGUUUGAUUAACCCUUAACUGGGCAGGUCGGGCCUAUGAGGCCCGGUAGCGCAUUUAAAAAAAAAGAUACAUAAAAUCGCAUAAAAUAUUAUUUUAAUCAAACAAAUUGUUUUGUAAUAUAUUCUUUCAUCCUUCUACUAAUCGUUGAUAAAAGUUGUUUUGAAUUUGGUUCCCUAAGUAGCGUUAUAUUGAGGACAACUACCGGACGUACAUUUUCCAUACGAAAUGUCAUCAAUUUUUUUAAAAUGAAGUGCAAAAUUUGUACUAAACAACUACUGAGAUGAAACUUAAAUUCAUCCCAUUCGGAAUAAAUAUUGAUUAUUUCUUCAUUUUUUCAGUUAUAUUUUACAAAAAAUAUUUGAUUCAAUAUCUAUUAUGUUGAAACAAUAAUUUUCAUCGUAUAAAUUCAUUGAAAUUUCAAUAAAGAAAAAAAAAAUUCAUUGAAUUUGCAUGGAAAAUGUACGUCGGGCCUCAGAGGCCCCACUUGCCCGAUAACGUUAGUAUUUUGACCUGCCCGGUUAAGGGUUAAUGAUCGUCUUCAUUUAAAUUAGUCGCUACCAUAUGACCGUCGACAAUUUUAUCGAGAGAAAAAAAACGAGUGCAAAAAGUAGAAGAAAUGGAAUGAUUAGUAGUCAGUAUAGGAUAGAGGUGCCCACUGAACCGAACUGAACAGUUUAUAAUCGAAAAAUAUUAUAUUUUCAUGUUCGUGUUCGUUCCGGUUCGGUUCAAGUUGAUCGCAAAAAAAAAUAUUGCAAUCAUAUUCGUUCACGUUCGGUUUACGUUCGGUUCACGUUCAUUUUAACUGUUCAAAUUAAAACUGUAAACUUCAAAAGAUGGUUGUUGGGAAAAUUUAAAAAAAUUCAAAGCCUGAAAACCUCAUUAGAUUUUUUUUCCCAAAAUAUCAAUAAAAUUGGCAACCAAAUGCAAACUUUAAACACUUUCGAGAUAUUUCAAAAUAUCUAAAUAUUUCCCGAAUAUCAGGUAGUAUCAUUUAAAAAUUAUUAAAUUAGAAAUAUCGCUGAGAGAUAAAAAAUUUAAUUGAGGCAAUUUAAAUAGUUUUUUCUCUGUUUAUUAUCACUAUUUAAAUUCACAAUUAUCAAAUAUGACCAAUUUUAGGAACUGAAAGAUGAAUUUUUUUUUUGAUAUCUAAGCGAUUGAAAUGAUUUUUUUAUUCUAAUUAGCACAGUUUGUUUUGAAUACAAAUCAGAAACUAUCCAAAAAUAAUCAGUUUGAGAUUGUCAUGGAAGCAGAUUGUUCAAAAAAUUUACGGCCAUUUCAAAAAUCACAUCUUUUACCAAAAUAAAAUUUAUUGUAUCUGGGUGUUUGUCAUUUGCACCAUACAUGGGCACAUGGGGGGUGUAAGCCCGGAUAACCCUCCCUUCAAAUCGUCCGAGCCCACCCUCCCUCGACGGCAGCUGAGAAAUCUUCCGAUUUGCUAGGGAUUUUUCACAGGAAAGUGAAGACCUUUUUUUGCUAAUCAACUUAAGAAAUGGAAGAAAAUCUUUAAAAUUGCUAGGGUUUUACGCGAAAAAUUCUUUCAAUUUGCUAGGGAUUUUCGUCAAAAAAGUGAUCUCCAAAAAAAAAACGAAAAAAUCUCGUUUUGCUAAGGUAGUUCGAGAGGAAGAUUCUUUCGAUUUGCUAGGGUUUAUGAUUGGCUGAUGGACCCCCUAAAUUUUUUCCGUGCCCAUGUAUGAUAUGUACUCUUAUAGUUAUUUGACCAAAUUUGAAAUAAUUACAAAAUAUUACUUCGAGUUCCUUAGACAUUACAUAAUGCCAAAUAAAAUAGCAAAUAGCACCGUAGUAAAUUGUCAUUUCAAAAUCAAUAAACAAAUAAAACAAAUACAUAUAUUUGAUCUCUCACAAGCAA